CGGACAUUGUUAGUCUCAGUUUUCAUUUCAUAGUGAUCGAAACUAAAAUAAUUAAUAACAAUCAUGUUUGUACCAACGUUCGUAGUUCUUCUCACCCUAGCGAUAUAUCAGGUUGCGUCAGCUCCUGUAGACGACAGGGUCGAAUACGAUGGAUCGUUCAAACGCCUUUACCUGCCUUACAUCCAAUCAGUGACCAAGGAUGGCACCAAAACUAUCUUGACAUCCCAAGAUUUGCUCGAUUUGAGCGAAAAGCUAAAAUCUGGAGAAGUGCCGGUAACAACUACGUAUCAGCUGAUUGGCAUUAAUGGCUUCAAUCACACGCUAUCUGACCACCAACUGCGGCUUAUGGUGGACCAUGAGAUUGCAGCAAUCGUCAACCCGCAGGAUCUCGACCAGCCAGGAUUUGGACAUUUAUUCCUCACCGUUAACAAGAACGGCGUUGUGCAGACUUUUAUCUACAAUUUGACUCUAGAAGAAGCUAUGGAGAAAGUUAAAGAAGAAGGUUAUCCGAACUCUUCCGCCAGUGAUUCUUAUCACCAAAAUAAACCUUCAACUGCCAGUGUUUCCGUUGCUUCAAAUUAAAUUGAGUUUGAGUGAUUAGUAUAUAAAUUCAGACUGAUAAUGAUGAUACUUUGUGGUUUUAAAUUAUAAUGUAGAGCCACCCCACACUAGCGUUUCCCGAGCGUCGGCGUCUAUAGCCAACUGCCAACCUCUAUUGGCUCCUCUACACGAUGCGCCAAUAUCGGCCAAUCCAAGGGACGCAGCUAUGCGGUAGAAUGAGAUAGCAAUAUCACUUGCUCCCUCUAACGCAUAAAUGCGUCCCUUGGAUUGGCCGACGUUGGCCCAUCGUGUAGAAGAGCCAUAUGGCUGCUGCUCGACGCCACGUUAGCGCAACUGCGCAGCGACGCCAUUUUCCAUAGCGCUGACUAUUACAGACUAUUAUAGACGCCGAUGCUCAAAAGACGCUAGUGUGGGGUGACAAUUUAUAUACGUAGUUAUAUAUUAUAUUAGGUUAUGUUUUGUAGAAAAUGUAUUAAUUAUUUACAUUAAAACUUGUUGAUUGAA